UUUCAUUAAAAAAGGUCUGCAAGACCUCUUCUUAGGGCAGAUGUGGACUCCCCUCUUCUGGCCUCUUCUCCUCUCCUCUUCCAUUCCAUUCCAAAACACAAAUCCUCAACCCUAACAUCUUCUCCUCCACCCCUUCCUCCUCCCAGCCGUCACCUCCACAUCUCCGCCACCACCAUGUCGCCGCCGUCACCUCCCCCACCUCCAUACUCCCUCCGUCACCUCCCCCACCUCCAUACUCCCUCCGUCACCUCCCCCGCCUCAUGGUCUGUCGUCACCUCCCCCGCUGAUAACCCUACUGCCACCGCCUCCCCAAAAUCAAAUGGAUUAUUUCUUUUUAAUACUAUGCUCUGGCUUCUGGCUCUUCAAGAACUCUGCCCAUUUCAGCUUUUGAUGAUGGUUUUUCCCAUUUGUUUGGAGAUAAUAAUAUGCAGUUUGAUUUUUGAGUUCAUUUUCUCUAGCCAUCGCCGACUCCACAGAUGUUUCAAAGCAGAUUCGGCACAUGGUCGGAUUCAUUGUGACCAGGUUACGGAGUUUUGUUGCUUGCUGAUUGUUCGUUUGUUAUUGAUUAGUGAAGCGUUGUGAAUUUAAGAUAGUAUAUGUGAUUUUGUAGUCCGUGUGUAGGUAUGUACUAUACGGUUAUUCGUUUGUUUGAUUGAUUUUUGUAGGAAGUUAACUUGAGAGUUUGUACCGGUAUCCCUGAUGAUUUGAUUUAUGAAUUACGAUCUAUAGAUA